AUGCAGGUCUGUGCACAGGAGUACAGCUGCCCAAGGAGGGAGAGCUGGGAGAUCUUCAGCCAUGGAGCUGAAGUCGCAAGUGGUUGUGAGUCGCUCACCGUGGGCGCUGGGAUCCAAACCCUGGUGCCCUGCAAAAGCGCUUUGUCAUUCCUUGUUCUCUCAGGCCUAGUCUCCAAGUCUUCACCUAAGAAGCCCCGUGGCCGGAACAUCUUCAAGGCCCUUUUCUGCUGUUUCCAUACCCAGCAUGUUGGCCAGUCAAGCUCUUCAACCGAGCUCACAUACAAGGAGGAGACAAACACCAUCGCUAAGUCGGAUCUGUUGCAAUGUCUCCAGUACCAGUUUUAUCAGAUACCUGGGACCUGCCUGCUCCCAGAGGUGACAGAGCAAGAUCAAGGACGGAUCUGUGUGGUCAUUGACCUGGAUGAGACCCUUGUGCACAGUUCCUUUAAGCCAAUCAACAAUGCUGACUUCAUAGUGCCUGUAGAGAUUGAGGGGACCACUCACCAGGUAUAUGUGCUCAAGAGGCCUUACGUUGAUGAGUUCCUGAGACGAAUGGGGGAGCUCUUUGAAUGUGUUCUCUUCACUGCCAGCCUAGCCAAGUAUGCCGACCCUGUGACAGACCUCCUGGACCGGUGUGGGGUGUUCCGGGCCCGCCUGUUCCGGGAAUCGUGUGUGUUCCACCAGGGCUGCUAUGUCAAGGACCUCAGCCGCCUGGGAAGGGACCUGAGAAAAACCCUCAUCUUGGACAACUCACCUGCAUCUUACAUCUUCCACCCAGAGAAUGCAGUGCCUGUGCAGUCCUGGUUUGAUGACAUGGCAGACACAGAGUUGCUGAACCUAAUCCCAGUCUUUGAGGAGCUGAGUGGAGCAGAUGAUGUCUACACCAGCCUUGGGCAGCUGCGGGCCCCUUAGCCUUCUUGCUUCCAAGAAACGGCCAUCCCAGUAGGGGACUUUGCUACACUGUGCCUUUCUGAUCAGCCUGACUGACUCAGCCGAGCAGAAGCUGGAGCACUUGCCCAGAGGGUCUGGAAGGAGCUGGAAAGUCAUUGACUUUAGGGCAGGUUAGAUGCAGAGCAGGCAAGUGAGACCUAUCCAGAGCUGUCUGCACCCUAUAUUUGGUUUCCGGGGGGAGAGAGGGAGAGAGAGAGAGCGCUCAUAAGUAAACUAUGGCCUAGGGUGUCUAUCCAGUGUUCCAGUAGGGGAAAAGCUGAAAGAUCCAAGACUCAGUCCGAGUCAUGUGUCUCCCUGCUGACCUGUGAGCUGUUGAGCUUUACAGUGAUAGAAACUAUUGCAGGCUUUCUUGCCAAACCGUGGCUUUUCCUCAGCUUCACAAGGCCUGUGCCAAGGAGAAAGGAGAGGCCAGAGGCUGCCUUGAUGCCCCAGACACACACCUUUCUGAAAACAUGAAAUACUAGCCAGCAGCAGCAGACAAACCAGGGAGGAUGAGAGCAUGCAGAGCCAGAACUCAAACUCGCCUGGUCCUGUGGUCCCCAAGCUGCAUCCGGCUCCAGCAGAGCGCCUGUCAAUGGGUCCUGCUGUGUCUCUGCAGGCUCCAGCACCAAGCCAGCCUUCUCGUUCCCUAGCCAUAGUCUUACUCCCUGGGGAAAGAGGUCUUCUACCUGCCCUGGAAGAGGACAGAGAACUGAUUUCUGUUCUUUGAACCCUUUAAAAUUCUUUCUAAACAUGGAGUGGUGGGCCUGGUUUGUAUCUGGCCAAGCUGCAGUCCUGGACCUGAGAUGCAUAUGGGAGGUGCUAGGGUACAGGGGAAACAAAUGUCCAAAGCAAAAUGUGUGUCUCCUUGCUUGUAGAUCCUGAAAGUGCUCUUCAGGGAUUCUGUGCUGGUGCUGAUGCAAGGACAUUAGCUCCAAAGGACAGGAAGGGUUGCUAGGCUGCUGCAACCCUCCUGUUGCCCAGGCAGGACUCUGUAUUUUGUCUCCCCUGGUGUCCUGUCCUAGUUGUCUGUCUGAUCUAGCCUUUGUCCUUCCUGGCUGUUCUCUUCCUCUCCAGGGCCUUGGGAGAACUACUUUCCCGGAACUGAGGGGUCGCAGGGCUUGCUGUCAUUUGUUUGCCAAAUGCACAAAUGCCUCCUGGUGGUAAUAGGACCAAGUGAGGUCCUCACAGGCCUGCACUCUGGGCUCUCUAGGUUCUCCAUCUUAAAUGCUUUAGAUGCAGAAAGGACGCUUCCAAGGGUUGAAAACGGAAGGGAGGUGCUGCUGUGUUCGGAGCACAAGGGGCCCCUGAGGUGCCACCUCAGCAUCACUGCCUUAAUCGAAUCCUGCCCCAGGGUCUCUCUGAGCUGGGUGGAGUUCUUAGCUGCAUGUCUGCUUUUCCUGGAGGCAGGUGCCAGCGUUUGUGAAUUGUUUCAGGUGUGGUCACCGCCCACUCAGGAGCCAUACAAUAUUUUUUAGUUUCCACCCUCUAGGUCCCGCCUCAGGAACCAACCAUUUUGAGAAAUCCUGGUGGUGGAGCUUGGUGGUGUGAGUGGAAGCUGACUGUCUGGUACCUUCUAGCAUUAUGCAGUCUUCCUUCCUUAGUCCAAGACUGUGGCGCCUUCUCUUUUGCUUUCGUGACACAGCAGAACAGACUCCCCAAGCUCAUGCCAUUUUCCCCGGAAUCAUUUGCUGGUGCCUGUGGGAUCCUGCCAAGGUGGUGGAGAGGACUCCAGGUGCUAGCCAGGAGCACAGAAGCUUGGUUGUGGCUUCAGAUCCAGGUCCUACUACAGGAGAGGGUUCUCUCACAAGGCCUGCUCUGAGGGCUAGUCCUGAUUAAGCAAUAAGAGCCUCAGAGUUGAAUGUCAAGGUCCCUUUCUUCCCUCUUCUGUGUCUCCAUGUUUUACCUUGGAGAGGAAGAAGAGCCUGCGCUCCACCACUUGCUGGUGGGCAUAUGCAAAGACUAGAGUCUGAGUCUUGACCAAAACCCAGUGCGGCUUCAUGGAAGAGCCCUGCUGCUUCCACAAGGAGCCCUAGCUUUCUGGGCCUGUCUGUCAUCAGAGCCCCUCCCACCUGUAGUCCUCUACCGUCAGGCCAUCCUCUCUUUGCAAACCUAAGGACCUGCCCUGCUUGCUAGUUCCAUGUCUUAGGGGCAAGUGAUGGUUGGGAGGUGCUGCUCAGAGAACUCAGGCAGGCACAGAACAGGGCAAGGCUGGGGGGAGCCAGCUCAUCCUGAAGUCUGUCGCCAGGCUUGCCACAGGCCUUCCCAUUGCAAACGAGUCUUCAGGAGUCAGUAGACCACCUGGCCUGCUGUUAGCAUCCACCCACUCAAGCCGUGCCAGGAAUCCGCCCAGCUGUCAGGUUCAGCUCUUUAAGGUGCCUCUUCAGGGACACAGUGUGUCUCUCUGAUUGGGCUUCUAAAUCAAAAGCCUGAUGUUCGUGUCCCUCUUAUAGGGGGAGCUUUGGACACAGGACCAGUUUGUUAAAGGGCCAGGUAAGGGUUUCCACUCUGCACAUUGUAGAGGGGACGCUGUAGGCCCAUGGGUCCCUAAUUAAAGAGGUUGAGUGAAUUUGCCUUCAUUUAACCAGGGACCUGUUUCACUCCCUCUUGCCUCCCAAAGAUUUCUAGUAAAUGUGUAGCCCCCUCUGUUAACAGUGGCUCAGAAAAGCUUCGUACUAAAAGCAUGGGGCUUUCAAGACAGCCGUUCUCUGGGAAAUGGAUCCUCAGCUAUUCCAUGCCCUGCCCUGUUCAGAGGCCUCUUGGCAGUGCAGCCCGAGUGUGUCAGCCUGGCUAAGUGUGUGAACGGUUAGCCUGUUUUCCCUUUGGGCUACUUAACCAUGGCUACUUCUCAGUUCCUUUUUUUAUAUAUAUACCUUAGCUUUGUCCUUUUUGUUUGUUUUUUGUUUUCUUUUUUUUUUUUUUUCAGACAGGGUUUUAUGAAUCCAGGCAGGUGUUUGAACUCACUGUUUAGCCAGGGAUGAUCUUGAACUGAGUGCUGGGAUUCUAGGUGUGGCCACAUACUGGCUCAUGUGGCGCUGGCUCAACCCAGGGCUGCAUGCAUGCUAGGCAGUCACCACCAACUGAGCUAUACCCUAGGUCCCCUUUUGUCUCUUUAGAAAAUACCUUAGUAAAUACAUAUCCAGGGAGAAGAGAUGACAGGUCUGGCCAGCUGUCCCACCCCACACCUUCAGUGCAGGGUCAGCUCCUGGGACAGCCCCUCCCAGACUGGUGAUGUUCUUUGCCUGUAAUUACCCCAGAUUUGCCUAUUUCUCCUUUCAGGAUGCCAUUUGGAGGGGAGGGGUCUGCUUCCCACUGUGACCGGGCUAUGGGAUCCUUGACCACCCUGCUUCAUGAUUUGAUACAUUUGUUGUAUUCAAAAACUUGAAAUGUAGGAUGCCAUUAAGAGUCUGUUUAUAUUUUUGGAAUAUUUGUAUUACUUACAAUUAGUUAAUAAAGGCUGGUUUUAAAACCUG